UCUCGUGCAGGCAUUAAUGCAGAUAUGGAGUGAACUUUGAAAUGCUGAUUGCUGUUGUUUCGUGUAAAGGUGAUAUAUUAGGACGAGGUGUGUUAUGUAGCAUUUUGAAGCCAUGAUGGGAAGGAUGAUUCUACUUGUAGCUCUGACUCUGCUCGUCCCCUCCGUAACAUCAGGCCCCGUAGUGAGAACUAAGUAUGGGGCUGUGGAAGGCGUGGCCUCAAAUCUCUCCCAAAACUUUCUGGGCAUUCCCUUUGCAGCGCCGCCUGUUGGCAGCUUACGAUGGCAACCGCCGGCGGAGCCGAAGCCUUGGGGAUCCUCAGUGUACGAUGGCACGAAAUUCAAACCCGGAUGCCCACAAGUGUUCUGCGACUUAAUGAACCCUGCUAUGGUUUGUCCCAAUAAGACAUCGGAAGACUGUCUCUACCUGAACAUCUACACGCCUUUAGACGCUGAGCCUUCGUCAAACCUUCCAGUCAUGGUUUUCAUCCAUGGGGGUAACUUCGUGCACAUGUCCGCGGGCUCAUUGCUUUUCCGUGGGGACAUAUUCGUCAACAAGAGUAAUGUUAUCCUCGUUACCAUUGACUACCGAAUGGGUGCUCUGGGAUUUCUUGUCACCGGACGACAGAGUUAUGACGCCAAAGGAAACUAUGGAAUUAUGGACCAGAGAAUGGCUCUCAAAUGGGUACAGGAAAACAUUGAGGCAUUUGGCGGAAAUCCAAAUGAGGUAACGCUGUUUGGGCAAAGCGCCGGAGCACAGUCUACCAUUGUCCACCUGAUGUCUGAGAAAAGUUCGCCGUAUUUCCAGAAGGCCAUAGUAGAAAGCGCACCAUUUACAAUUCCAUUCAAAGAGUUCGCCGAGGCAAUUGUACUAAGCGACUACUUUGCGGAAAUCCUGAACUGUGGCGAGGGCAAUAUUGCCUGUCUUCGCACCAAGACAGCGGAAGAGAUAGCCCAGGCUCAGUUUAAGUCCCGCAGCAAAAUUGCUUCUCUCAAGUUUCUGGAGGAGUUUGAGCCAUGGGGCCCGUGGGUGGACGGAGACGAGAUAAAGAUGGAGCCCGUAGAGGCGUACGAGAAGGGCAAGUUUUUCGACAAGCCACUCAUUAUCGGUACGACGUCUGAAGAAACUCGAAUAUACAUAUACGAAGCUUGGAAAAAGAGAGUUACGACCCCUCAAUAUGCGCUAGUCGUCGCCACUGUGUCGCCUAGUCACGUGGUUGAGAUCCUGUAUGAGUAUCCGCCGGACGAUCCGACCGACGAGAGGGACAACUUGGCCCUUCUGGCAACGGACUUUGUGUUCGUCUGCUCGACGCGCCACGUGACUCGCGCUGCGCUGAAAAAGAACACAACGGACGUGUGGCUCUAUCUGUAUGACCACGCCUUCUCAUUUCCGGGGUGGGAGCCUCACUUUAAUUUCUGUCAGGGCCAUGUCUGCCAUGGGUCCGACAUGCCGCUAGUCUUUCAGACAGCCUCCUACGCCGGCUUUCAGUUCACUCAGGACGAACUGAUCCUUUCUGAUGACCUAAUAACUUACUUCACGAAUUUCGCAAAGUCAGGCAACCCGAACACUCCUGGAGUUGGUAAGCACAGCAGCCCUACAAAGCGCCAAGAACAGAUAUUGAACUGGCCUAAUUAUAACUCAGACAACGGCUGGCCACUAAUGCGAUUGAUGACCCCAAGCAACAAAUUAGACCCAGACUUUAAUGCUCCAUACUGUGACUUCUGGGACAGAGUCGGAUAUAAAGCUUAAUAGUGUCAGAUAAAAAUGUUUUAAUAUAUUUUGGCGUGUGUUGGCUGGACGUGCUGCAAUAACCUUUAUUAAAAGAAAACACAAUGUA